AUGGAGAGCUGUCUUCUCGUGUGGCUUCCGCGCAUCCUCCAAGAAUACCUCAGUGGCCCGGCCGCUUUGGGGGCUUUGCGCAGCUGCAGGAGCCUCUCGCAAUUGUUGCCCCAGUGCCUCCAGUUGGGCGAGGGCUUUUGGAUUCUCGAGCGGCUGCAGACGGUCGCUUUGAAAGAGCUCCUUGCACGAGAUGAGGAUCUGUGCAACUGCUUCUUGUGGGCCAGAGAAGACAUCAAGAGCAGAAAGAUGCUGUAUGUGCCCUUCGGGCCUACACUUGAGAUUCGCGCCUGUGCACCGCCAGAGAACCAAGGGGAUGCUGACGUGGAUCAGGAUACGCCCGAAAAGAAGCUCGUUGUGCGGAGCUUGUCGGAGAGCUUCUUGGCCAUCAAGGGCGAUGAGAGCUUAGAGUUGACGAAGCGGGUACUUGGCUUUCCCAAGAAGAUGUCCGAGCGGCUGCCAGAACUUUUUGCUGGUACUUUGGAGAUCGUCGGGCAGGAAUCACCAGCCCUCAUGGCCAUGGGCCUUGAAAACUGGAAGGUGUCCAAGCGCCCCGGCAAGCUGGAGGCGUGGCGCUGGACCUACUUUGAAUUCCAUCGUCCACAGCCGAAGAUCCCUCUUGCGAUCUUCCAAUUGUGCGGGGAUUUUUUUCUGCCCGGAGGGGACGGAUGCGGAACGGUGACCUUGGGUUAUGUAAGCACAGACCUUGACUUCGUGGUCGCGUCACGAGAUUUUUCCGAGUAUCCCAUCCACAGGCGCUUGGCUACAAAAGCCUCCUGGAGCUGGGAGGAAGCAGAAGCCGAGUUGAAACUUGGUUGUUACGGUGGUGGUGCCAUGCUGCCCGGUCUUGACGAUGAGGGCACGGAGAACCAGAAGAUCUUUGCAAAGAUCAACAUGCCCGACGGCUGGGAGGUUGAGGAAUCCUCAACGUAUCUGGGGGAUGAUCGGUGCGUGAUGGGCUCCCCUCACCUUGAAGCUGUUUACCAGGAUGCCAAGCGAUUAGCCGCAGAGCCUUCGGAGGGAGCGAGGCCCUGA